CAAACGAGGAGCAUGAGGCUCUAAAAAAGCUCUAUGAUGAAGUUAGAGAUCAGCUUCCUAAAGAGGUUACCAAAAAUGCUCUUCGAAAAAAAGCAGACAGGGCGAGAAAGAUUUAUGAUCUUUUUUUUUGUAUUACUGAUGAUAAAAUUCAACGGGUAGUAUUCAUCCAACGAAUUAAAACGUUUUCGGCAACAUCUAUUUCAAAUUUAAGUUCGGAUAAUAUCAAAUAUGUAGCAUCUCAUGUUAGAAAGAAUACUCAA